AUGGCCCUUGCUCUGCGCCUCCUACUCCUGCUGCUCCUGGCCGUGGCCCUGCCUGCCAGGGCUGCCCAGGCUGCUCCGCUGCAAGCGCGGCGAGCAGACUGGAAUCGUGACAUGGGUUCUCAGGAAAUCCUGAUGAAUGAUGGUUUGAAGUUCCUGGAGGAUGCUGGAGCUGAACCUGCCGGUGAAGGGCCCACAUCCAGGAUUGAGGCUCUGGGAGAUGCUGAGGGUGUGUCUGCGGGGAGGACUUCUCAAGCUCCAGUGCUGGAUGCUUGGCCCCAACCCAGCUCCCAUGGCAGGGGGAAGAUCCAAGAGACAAGAGACAAGAUAUCCCUGGAACCACCCAAACAGAUGAAGCAAGAGCUGAAGAAAAUGCGGCAGGGAGGACAAGAGAUAGACAUAGAGCUUCAGUGGAAGGUGGCAUUUCCUGAAGGAAGCACUCCAUCUUUGGUGCCAGCCCCAGCUGCAGGAAAGAAGGCAAUGCCAGACAUGGGCACAGGCACAGCAGACUGGGAUGCUGGGACGGUUCCUCCAUUAGCCUGGCGCUCUGAAGUUGUGAAGCCCUCUGAGCAUUCUACAGCCAUGUCUGAAGGGACAACUCCAUCAACUCCUACCUUGGAUGCUGCACAAAAGCCCAGCUCCCAUCACAGGAGUCCUCCGACAGGAGAAACCAAAGACAUGGCAGGCAAGAAAUUCCAGGACCCAUUAGAAAUCAUGUGGCAAAUGCUGAAGGAACGUCUCCCGAGAAGGCAAGAAAUGAAAGGAGAGCCUGUGCAGAUGGAAGCAUUUCCCAGAGGAAGCAGUGGUUCCCUGCCAGCCUCUGCUGCAGGAAGGGAGGCCAUGCCAGGCACAGACACAGGAGAUGAGGUUGCUGGGAAGGCUUCUCCAUCAGCUUGGAUGAAUAAAGUUUUGAAGCCCUUGGAGCCUCCUGCAGAUGUAUCUACAGGGAGGACUUCUCCAGCUUCUCCAGCUCCUACCUUGGAUGCUAUACGCAAGCCCAGCUCCCAUCACAGAGGUACUCCAACAGGGAAAGUCCAAGAUACAACAGAUAAGAUGUCCCUGCAAACUUACAAACAGAUGAGGCAAGAGCUGAAGGAACCCCUGCAGACAAGAGAAGAGAUGGACAUAGUGCUUCAGUGGAAGUUGGCAUUUCUUGAAGGAAGCACUCCAUUUUCGGUGCCAGCCCCAGCUGCAGGAAGGAAGGCAAUGCCAGACACGGGCACAGGCACAGACGACUGGGAGGCUGGGAAGGAUUCUGCAUUAGCCUGGCGCUCUGAAGUUGUGAAGCCCUCUGGGCAUUCUGCAGGCGUGUCUGCAGGGACGACUUCACCAACUCCUACCUUGGAUGCUGCACAAAAGCCCAGCUCCCAUCACAGGAGUCCUCCGACAGGAGAAACCAAAGACAUGGCAGGCAAGAAAUUCCAGGACCCAUUAGUAAUCAUGUGGCAAAUGCUGAAGGAACGUCUGCAGAGAAGACAAGAAAUGAAAGGAGAGCCUGUGCAGAAGGAAGCAUUUCCCAGAGGAAGCAGUGGUUCUGUGCCAGCCUCUGCUGCAGGAAGGGAGGCCAUGCCAGGCACAGACACAGGAGACUGGAAUCGUGACAUGGGUUUUCAGGAAGUCCUGAUGAAGGAUGGUUUGAAGUUUCUGGAGGAUGCUGGAGCUGAACCUGCCGGUGAAGGUCCCACAUCCAGGACUGAGGCUCUGGGAGAUGCUGAGGGUGUGUCUGCGGGGAGGACUUCUCAAGCUCCAGGGCUGGAUGCUUGGCCCCAACCCAGCUCCCAUGGCAGGGGUCCUCCAAAAGGAAAGACCCAAGAUACUGCAGCCAAAAAGUCUCAUGACUCAGAUGAAUUCCUGAGACAAACACAGAAGGAAGCACCCGGAGGACAAGUGAUGGACCAAAAGGCUUUUCAGGAGGAGGAACACUCAGGGAGAAGCAGUGGCUCAUUGGCAGCCCCUGCUGUGGGAAGGAAGGCGAUGCCAGACACGGGCACAGGCACAGCAGACUGGGAGGCUGGGAAGGAUUCUUCAUUAGCCUGGCGCUCUGAAGUUGUGAAGCCCUCCGAGCAUUCUGCAGAUGUGUCUGCAGGGACGACUUCACCAACUCCUACCUUGGAUGCUGCACAAAAGCCCAGCUCCUAUGGCAGGGGUCCUACGACAGGAGAGACCAAAGACAUGGCCGGCAAGAAAUUCCAGGACCCAUUAGAAAUCAUGUGGCAAAUGCUGAAGGAAUGUCUGCAGAGAAGACAAGAAAUGAAAGGAGAGCCUGUGCAGAAGGAAGCAUUUCCCGGAGGAAGCAGUGGUUCCGUGCCAGCCUCUGCUGCAGGAAGGGAGGCCAUGCCAGGCACAGACACAGGAGACUGGAAUCGUGACAUGGGUUUUCAGGAAGUCCUGAUGAAGGAUGGUUUGAAGUUUCUGGAGGAUGCUGGAGGCAAGUUUUCAUUCUGCCUUUCCUGAGUGAAUAAUUAGGAUCAAUGCAACAAAAGCUCAUUUAUAAAGCAUUUCCCUUAACAUUAUGUAAGGGCUGAAGGAUUCUGAGAAUCUUUCCCUGCUCCCUUCUGGAUCCCUGAGGAAUCCCACUGGAUCGCUGUCAGUGGGAGGAAGGAGCAUUGAUCUUUCAGUCCUCCUCCCGUGUGCUGUGCCAGUGUGUCCUUCCGUGUGCUCUGUGCAGUCACAGAGAAGAGCAGAGAGGGAAGGGGCCGGGCCCAGGGCUGUGCCCCGGGGCUGAGCCUUGUGGGCAG